AUGGCCAAAGAAACUAAGCUUUAUGACGUUCUUGGCGUUGCACCAACUGCCACAGAGCAAGAGCUCAAGAAGGCAUACAAGACCGGCGCCUUGAAGUUCCAUCCCGACAAGAAUGCCCACAACCCUGCUGCUGAGGAGAAGUUCAAGGAAAUCUCACAUGCCUACGAAAUUCUUUCCGAUCCCCAGAAGCGAUCUGUCUACGACCAAUAUGGUGAAGCCGGCCUCGAAGGUGGUGCUGGCGGUGGCAUGGCUGCCGAGGACUUGUUCGCCCAGUUCUUCGGAUCUGGCUCCUUGGGCGGCGGUCUCGGCGGCAUGUUCAGUGGCAUGCAGAAUCGUGGCCCGCCCAAGGCGCGCACAAUCCACCACACUCACAAGGUCACCCUUGAAGACGUCUACCGUGGCAAGAUUUCCAAGCUUGCUCUCCAGCGAUCUAUCAUCUGCCCCAAGUGUGAGGGUCGCGGUGGAAAGGAGGGUGCAGUUAGACGCUGCCCCGGCUGCGAUGGUCAUGGUAUGAAGACCAUGAUGCGUCAAAUGGGCCCCAUGAUCCAGCGCUUCCAGACUGUGUGCCCCGACUGUAACGGAGAAGGGGAGAUCAUCAAGGAGAAGGACCGAUGCAAGGGCUGCAGCGGCAAGAAGACCGUCGUGGAUCGCAAGGUGCUUCAUGUCCAUGUUGACCGUGGCGUCAGAAGCGGCACCAAGGUCGAGUUCCGCGGCGAGGGUGACCAGUCUCCUGGUGUCCAAGCUGGAGACGUCGUGUUCGAGAUCGAGCAGAAGCCCCAUACGCGUUUCACCAGAAAGGAGGACGAUUUGCUCUACAAGGCUGACAUUGAGCUCGUCACUGCUUUGGCUGGUGGCACCAUCUACAUUGAGCACCUGGACGACAGAUGGCUGAGCGUUGAUAUCUUGCCUGGCGAAGCUAUUGCCCCCGAUGUGGUAAAGAUGCUCCGCGGCCAGGGUAUGCCGUCGCCCAGACACCACGAUUUUGGCAACCUGUACAUCCAGUUCAACGUUAAGUUCCCCGAGCGAAACUGGACCGAUGAUGCGGAUGCUUUUGAGUCCCUCCGAAAGAUCCUCCCAUCGCCUGCUACCCAGGCAAUCCCUCCCCCGGACGCUAUGACCGACACCGCCGAUCUGGAAGAUAUCGAUAACCAGUCCCAAGCCAGGGUUUUCGGUGGAGCCGGUGGUAUGGAUGAGGAGGAUGAGGACGGUCACCCACAUGCUGAACGCGUACAAUGCGCAUCCCAGUAA